AUGAGGAAAAAGUCUAAACUGAUAGACCCAGUUCGUUCAGACAAUACCCAGGGGGAAAUACUGGAAUUUGAGUGCACCUUCCGACCAGGAUUUGGGUGUCAAUCCACCCUGUUGCGACUUGUUGAGGAUUGGCGUAGAGCCCUGGACAACCAUGAGUAUGUCGCUGCCAUACUGAUGGACCUGUCCAAGGCUUUUGACUGUCUUCCUCUUAACUUGUUGGUCGGGAAGCUGGAGGCCUAUGGCCUGAGCAAAGCCUCAGUUAACCUGGUGUCCAGCUUCCUGAGCAGCAGGGAGCAGCAGGUAAAAAUUGGCUCCAAAUGCGGUGACUGGCUGGAAGUGCUGAAGGGGUACCACAGGGUUCUAUUUUAG